UUCCAAAGUUUCUAAUUUUGCUAAUAAUAUAUAAAGCAUAUUUUGACAACCAACAAUAAUAAAACCAAGCGAAAAAGAAAUUCAUGUACAAUAUAUAUGGUUUUAGUUUCACCAACUCCAGCAUCACUACCAAAUCUCACUACAAAUACCAUUUCUCUAGUUGAAAAAAGAAAAAAAAUUAUAGUAAAGAGAAGAUGAGUAGUGGAGAAGGAAAGGUGGUGUGUGUGACUGGAGCUUCAGGCUUCAUAGCUUCAUGGCUUGUCAAGCUCUUACUUCAACAUGGUUACACUGUCAAAGCCUCUGUUCGUAAUCCAAAUGAUUUAAAAAAGACUAAACACUUGGUUGAACUAGAUGGAGCUAAGGAAAGACUUCAUUUGUUUAAAGCAGAUUUAAUGGAAGAAGCCUGUUUUGAUUCUGCUAUCAAUGGAUGUCAUGGUGUUUUUCAUGUUGCUUCUCCUGUUUUUCAGUUAUCCAAUGAUCCACAGGCUGAAAUAAUAGAGCCAGCAGUGAAGGGAACAUUGAAUGUUCUGAGAUCAUGUGUUAAAGCUCCAUCUGUAAAGAAAGUGAUUAUAACAUCUUCCAUGGCUGCAGUUCUAAUCAAUGGCAAACCUCUAAACCCUAAUGUAGUAGUUGAUGAGACUUGGUUUUCUGAUCCUGUUCUUUGUGAAAACAUGAAGAUAUGGUAUGCAGCUUCAAAAGCUAGAGCUGAGAAAGCUGGUUGGGAAUUUGCAAAAGAGAAUGGGAUUGAAUUGAUCACCAUUCAUCCAGGAGUAACACUUGGCCCUCUCUUGCAGCCCAUUAUGAAUGACAGUGUCAGUCUCAUUAUGAAUCUAACAAAUGGGGCUGAGACAUUUCCCAAUAGAGUUUAUUCAUAUCAUGAUGUUAGAGAUGUUGCUAAAGCACAUAUUCAAGCAUUUGAAAGUCGAUCAGCUAGUGGAAGAUAUCUUCUAAGUGGAUAUAUUGCACACAUUUCUGACCUUUUAAAGAUUUUACAACAACUUUACCCUUCUCUCACCAUUCCUCAAAGAUGUGAAAAUGAUGAGCCUCUAAUGGAAGAGUACCAAGUAUCAGAUUUGAGAGCUAAAAGUUUGGGUAUAUCCCAAUCCAUUCCCUUGGAAAUGAGCUUGAGAGACACUGUUGAAAGCCUCAAGGAAAAGGGUCUUUUGAGUAUCUAAUAAUAUAGGCCAUUUACAAUUAGCAUUUUCACUAGACAAUUGUACUGGUUAAUUCUAAACCUUUAUGUGAUUCAAAUUUCAAUGCUUCAGUUCAUAAAUCUUACCACUAUCCAUAUAUAGGCAUUAUAAAUUAUUCAUUUUCUGUAUAAUUCUGGAACAUUUAUUUGUUAUAGUUGUAACAAGUACUGGUCAGCAGUUUUACCAUAGAGGAAUAAAAAAUCAACAAGUUAUAGUUGAUCAUUUAGAUCCCUUUGAAAUACAUAAUUGGUUUCUUUAA